GUCGUCAGACUCCAUACUAGCAGAUAAACGGGCUGCACCCAGCCUCCACUUCCAGCCUUCACUUGGUACGAGCUACUAGCUAAACAAGUAUGGCCGCAAAGUGGGCAACAGGUCCGGCAACGACCCAAUCAGACGAUGCUCUGUUGUUGCUCUAUCCUGAGGCUGAACACAUCUCAAAUGUGCUGGAAAGCUGCAUCAGUCAAGCUGAGAUUGCAGCAAUUCUGUCUGCUGUUCUCAAGUCAAACAGCGUGUCUGGCAUUGAGGACCAGGAGUUGCGUAAGGCACUUCAGGAGCACCAGAUAUUAGAAGAAAGACUGGAGGGACAAGCCAUGGAAGCAAGCGAUCAAGCAAGGGAGCAGCUUGAGUGGAACUUCAAGAAGUCUUUCAGAGGUGCGCUCAGGCUUUGUCAAGCCAAUCCAGGUGCCAUUUCUGGCUUGAGGGCAGAGCUAGGUAUCGAAAUAGAGGAGAGUGAAAAUAUACUAAUUAGAGAGCUUAAGAUGUUUCACAGCAAUAUGGUAAAAAGGCUGCUGACCAAUCUGGAUAAGGAGCCUCAAAGUCCGGAGGAAAUAAUUUUACUGGAGAAAAGACUUGCUGAAAAAAUAAAGGAAAUAGACAAACAGGUUGCUUUCAAAGAAAAUGAGAUUGAAAACAUGCAGAAUGAUCUACAAAUGUGCAAGGCAGUAGAAGAAGAAGAAAUGUCACUUCUUACAGACAAACAGUGCCAGCCACAGGUCAAGACAACGAGCCUGAAGCAGACCAGACUACAACAGGAGAUCGAUCAACUAAACGAUCAGCUCUACAAUUUAAUGCUUAAAAGGAGACAAGCAGAGAGAAUACUCCAAGAGAAAAAUGAAGAGGUGGAGAUGAAAAUUGAAACCUUGAUCCAGAGUUUUGAUGCAAAAAUGGAGGAAACACAGGCCAACCUGGACGUGAAUGAAACUGGUUACAGAAAGGAGGAGGAGGAGCUGAGGAAGCUGGAGAAAGAAUUUUCUGUCCUAGAAGUAGAGUGCAACCAGAUCCUGGAGAGGCGGCGGCAAGCGGAGGAGAAGAGAAGGGAGGAGAUGAAGGAGCUGGAGCUGAAGACCAAAGCUGCUAUUUUCGCCCAAGCCUGGUGGAGAGGCUACAGUACUCGCAAGGCCUUAAAGAACAAGGGCAAAGGCAAGAAGGCCAAAAAGAGCAAAGGCAAGAAGAGCAAAUAAAAUAGAGCAGGAGUGUUCUGGGAUGUUUUGUUACAAAAAAAAAAAGAAAGAAAGAAAAAAAAGAAAAAUUUAAAAGCCUGAUAAGCAAAUAACAUUACAUCCCAGAUUCAUUGUGGUUCCCAUUUAUAUGUUGUUUAUCAAUAAAAAUCUUUGUAUUUUAAACUAGUAUUUACAAUUUCUGUUAACUACAGUGCAAUACUUUGCUAUGUUUUGUGAACAUUUUAAAUGCUGUGUUGACGUACAGGCAUUAUUAAACAAGUCACAAAUGAAGAAA